CGAGCAAACCUCACCUGAGUGGUACGCAACAACCCCCUAAACCCGCUACUCGGCCUCCGCGACCGGCGCCCGGGUAGCCUUCCCGGUGCAUGACAUGGCGCGCUAACAAUUGCGCAACCCCAGGCCUCGAGGAGUACCAGCAACUCUACAAGGAGUCCAUCACAGAGCCCACCAAGUUCUGGGGGAGGCUGGCUCGCGAGCUGCUGACUUGGCACAAGGACUUCCAGACAGUGAGCAGCGGUUCUCUGACCAACGGUGAUGUGGCCUGGUUCCUCGAAGGCGAGCUCAACGCCUCGUACAACUGCGUCGACCGCCACGCUUUCAAGGACCCCAACCGCGUCGCCAUCAUCUACGAGGCCGACGAGCCAUCCGAGGGCCGGACUGUGACCUAUGGCGAGCUCCUGCGCGAGGUCUCGCGGGUUGCCUACGUCCUCCGGGAUUUGGGUGUGCGCAAGGGCGACACAGUGGCCAUCUACCUGCCCAUGGUCCCCGAGGCUCUCGUUGCCCUCCUCGCCUGCGCCCGAAUCGGCGCUGUCCAUUCGGUUGUUUUCGCCGGCUUCUCGGCUGACUCGCUGCGCGAUCGUGUCAUCGAUGGCCGGUCAAAGGUCGUCAUCACGUCUGACGAGGGCAAGCGCGGCGGAAAGUUGAUCGGCACAAAGAAGAUUGUGGACGACGCCCUCAAGCAGUGCCCCGACGUCACAGGCGUCCUCGUCUUCAAACGCACCGGCGCCGACAUUCCCAUGACCAAGGGCCGCGAUGUCUGGUGGCAUGAGGAGGUCGACAAGUGGCCAGCGUAUCUCGCGCCCGAGCCCAUGAACUCGGAGGACCCGCUCUUCCUUCUGUACACCUCCGGCUCGACCGGAAAGCCUAAGGGGAUGAUGCACACCACGGGCGGUUACCUCCUCGGCGCCGCGACCACGGCCAAGUACGUCUUCGACAUCCACGACGGCGACCGCUUCUUCUGCGGCGGCGAUGUGGGCUGGAUCACGGGCCAUACCUACGUCGUGUAUGCGCCCCUGCUUCUCGGUGUGUCGACGGUCGUCUUCGAGGGCACACCCGCGUACCCCAACUUCUCGCGCUACUGGGAUAUUAUCGAGAACCACAAGGUGACACAAUUCUACGUCGCCCCGACCGCCCUGCGGUUGCUCAAGCGCGCUGGCGACCAGCACGUGCGAAAUGAGAUGAAGCACCUGAGGGUUCUCGGCACCGUCGGCGAGCCUAUCGCCGCCGAGGUCUGGAAGUGGUACUUUGAAGUUGUCGGCAAGGAGCAGGCCCAAAUUAUAGACACAUACUGGCAAACCGAGACUGGUUCCCACGUCAUCACGCCCCUUGCUGGUGUGACGCCGACAAAGCCCGGCUCCGCUUCCCUUCCCUUCUUUGGCGUCGAGCCGUCCAUCAUCGACCCCGUCUCGGGCGAUGAGAUCCCCGGCAACGAUGUCGAGGGUGUCCUGGCGUUCAAGCAGGCAUGGCCAAGCAUGGCGCGGACUGUCUGGGGCGCCCACAAGCGGUACAUGGACACGUACCUCAAUGUUUACAAGGGGUACUAUUUCACUGGUGACGGUGCGGGCCGGGAUCAUGAGGGCUUCUACUGGAUCCGCGGCCGUGUCGACGACGUCGUGAACGUUAGUGGCCAUCGUCUCUCUACCGCAGAGAUCGAAGCUGCCCUAAUCGAGCACGCCGCCGUCGCCGAGUCUGCCGUUGUCGGCGUGGCGGACGAGCUUACGGGCCAGGCUGUCAACGCCUUCGUCGCUAUCAAAGACGGCAACGAGGCGUCGGAUGCGCUCCGGAAGGAGUUUAUCCUACAGGUCCGCAGGAGUAUCGGGCCCUUCGCCGCCCCCAAGGCGGUGUUUAUCGUACCCGACCUCCCCAAAACGCGCAGCGGUAAGAUCAUGAGGCGUAUCUUGAGGAAGAUCUUGGCUGGCGAGGAAGACCAGCUCGGCGACAUCACCACGCUUUCGGACCCCUCCGUUGUCGAGAAGAUUAUUGCCGUUGUCCACGAAGCCAGGAGGAAGUAAGCGCUGGGUGCUUUUUGGUGACGAGUGAGGUUCGAGGGGGUGUACUAUCAGGAUUAUACCACCGUUUCUGCUGUUAUGCCUGGGUAUCAUUCUCUCAGGGUC